UUUGUACUCUGUGUCUGUAGUCUGUACUCAUAAUUUACUUUUCGCGCCCGGCAUAGGCAUCCAGUUUGUGCUACACUAUAACAUUUUUUAGUUUUCUACUUUGUAUCGUAGUGUAAAUUUUAGAACAAUAAGAGUUGUUUAUGAAUCAAAAUAAACUUAUCCCGCAUUGUUGCGUGUAAUUUAUUUAUUGUACAAUGUCGCAACCAGAAGAACCGAUAGAUGCAGCAGAUGUGGGUGAUAAUUCCAAUGGUUCCUCAAGUGACACGCCGUCCUCUAGAGGAAAGGAAGGAGAUUUCGAAAGCAAAAUUGAAACUGAUCGUGCUAAAAGAUUCGACUUUUUGUUAAAACAGACUGAAAUAUUUUCUCACUUUAUGAGCAAUACCCCAAAAUCAGGCAAUAGCCCCCCAAAACCUAAAGCUGGUAGACCCAGAAAGAUUAAAGAACCUGAACCUGAGCCUGAGCCUACUGGGCCUGGAGACCAUCGUCAUCGGAAGACGGAACAAGAAGAAGAUGAAGAAUUGCUUGCCGAAACUAACACGAAACAGAAGACAAUAUUUCGUUUUGAAUCAUCCCCACCAUAUGUUAAAAAUGGUGAAAUGAGAGAUUAUCAAGUACGUGGGUUAAAUUGGAUGAUAUCCUUGUAUGAAAAUGGAAUAAAUGGUAUCUUAGCAGAUGAAAUGGGCUUAGGGAAAACAUUGCAAACUAUUUCUCUUUUAGGAUAUAUGAAAAACUUCAAAAAUGUUCCCGGACCACAUAUAGUUAUUGUGCCAAAAUCUACCCUUACUAACUGGAUGAAUGAGUUCAAAAAAUGGUGUCCUUCCAUCAAGGCAGUUUGUCUCAUUGGGGAUCAAGAAACUAGGAACAUAUUCAUAAGAGAAACCCUCAUGCCAGGCAAUUGGGAUGUGUGCAUUACAUCUUAUGAAAUGAUAAUAAGAGAAAAAUCUGUAUUUAAAAAAUUUAACUGGAGAUACAUGGUCAUAGAUGAAGCUCACCGUAUCAAAAAUGAAAAGUCCAAGUUGUCUGAAUUACUACGUGAAUUCAAAAGUAUGAAUAGACUGUUGUUGACAGGAACCCCUCUCCAGAACAAUCUUCACGAAUUAUGGGCCCUGCUUAAUUUCCUUUUGCCUGAUGUAUUCAAUAGUUCAGAUGAUUUUGAUGCCUGGUUCAACACUAAUGCUGCACUUGGUGAUAAUCAACUAGUGUCACGUUUGCAUGCAGUUUUAAGACCAUUUCUGUUGAGAAGACUUAAAGCAGAAGUGGAAAAAAAACUUAAACCAAAAAAAGAACUUAAGGUUUAUGUAGGUUUGAGUAAGAUGCAAAGAGAAUGGUACACUAAGGUUUUAAUGAAAGAUAUAGAUGUUGUUAAUGGAGCUGGUAAAGUGGAAAAAAUGAGAUUGCAAAACAUUCUCAUGCAGUUGCGUAAAUGUUGUAAUCACCCCUAUUUGUUUGAUGGGGCUGAACCUGGACCUCCCUAUACUACCGAUGAACAUUUAGUGUACAACUGUGGCAAAUUGGCUAUCCUUGACAAACUAUUGCCCAAAUUACAACAACAAGAUUCAAGAGUUCUUAUUUUCUCACAAAUGACAAGGAUGCUGGACAUUCUUGAAGAUUAUUGUCUUUGGAGACAAUACAAAUACUGUCGCUUAGAUGGUCAAACACCUCAUGAAGAUAGAAAUAGACAAAUAGAGGAGUAUAAUGCAGAGGGAAGUGAAAAGUUUGUAUUCAUGUUAUCCACACGGGCUGGUGGUCUCGGUAUUAAUUUGACUUCAGCUGAUGUUGUCAUAAUUUAUGACUCUGAUUGGAAUCCACAAAUGGACUUACAAGCUAUGGACAGAGCUCAUCGUAUUGGACAGAUGAAGCAAGUAAGAGUUUUCCGCCUCAUAACAGAAAACACAGUUGAGGAGAAAAUUGUUGAACGAGCUGAAGUAAAAUUACGAUUAGAUAAAUUGGUUAUUCAGUCGGGUCGUUUAGUAGACAUUAAAAACCAACUCAAUAAAGAUGAGAUGCUCAACAUGAUCCGGCAUGGUGCAAAUCAUGUGUUCUCUUCAAAAGAUUCUGAAAUUACAGAUGAAGAUAUUGAUUCAAUUCUAGCUAAAGGUGAAUCAAAAACCGAAGAACUCAAACAAAAAUUGGAGAGUCUUGGAGAGUCAUCAUUGAGAGCCUUUUCAAUGGAUACACCUGGUGCUACAACAGACUCCGUAUAUCAGUUUGAAGGUGAAGAUUACAGAGAAAAACAGAAGAUAAUACCUAUUGGUAGUUGGAUAGAACCUCCUAAGAGGGAACGUAAAGCUAAUUACGCCGUGGACGCGUACUUCAGAGAGGCACUUCGUGUCUCUGAACCAAAGGCGCCUAAGGUACAGGCUCCAAGACCCCCGAAGCAGCCAAUUGUUCAAGAUUUCCAAUUUUUCCCACCUCGACUAUUUGAGCUAUUGGAUCAAGAAAUAUAUCACUAUCGGAAAACACUGGGGUAUAAAGUACCGCGAAAUCCAGAAUUAGGGCCUGAUGCAGCUAAAAUACAAAGAGAAGAACAACGAAAAAUAGACGACGCCGAAUCUCUAACGGAAGAAGAAGUGCAAGAAAAAGAGCAAUUGUUAACUCAAGGAUUUACAAAUUGGACUAAGCGAGACUUUAAUCAGUUCAUUAAAGCCAAUGAAAAGUAUGGCAGAGAUGAUAUUGAAAAUAUUGCAAAAGAUGUUGAAGGCAAAACACCAGAGGAGGUUAUGGAGUACUCGGCUGUAUUUUGGGAAAGAUGUCAUGAACUUCAAGACAUAGACAGAAUAAUGGGACAAAUUGAGAGGGGUGAAGCUAAAAUACAGAGAAGAGCCUCAAUUAAAAAGGCUUUGGACGCUAAAAUGGCGCGUUAUAGAGCACCAUUCCACCAACUAAGAAUCUCUUAUGGCACUAAUAAAGGGAAAAAUUAUGUUGAAGAAGAAGAUAGGUUUUUAGUGUGCAUGUUGCAUAAAUUAGGUUUUGAUAAAGAAAAUGUAUAUGAAGAAUUAAGAGCUGCUGUACACGCCGCGCCACAGUUCCGUUUUGAUUGGUUUUUGAAAUCACGUACAGCGGUUGAACUUCAGCGCAGAUGCAAUACACUUAUAACUUUAAUUGAGAGAGAGAAUCAAGAAUUGGAAGAAAAGGAAAGGGCUGAAAAGAAAAAGAAAAGUGGAGGGGUUAAUCAAAAUACACCUGGUGGAAAUAGUACAGGAAAAGGGGCAAAUGCUGGAAAACGUAAAGCUGAUAAUACUCCUGAUACUGCCCAAAAGAAUAAGAAAAAGAAAAAAUGAAAUCCGGUCACCUCCAAAUUAAUAAGGGUCACUAGAUCGGUCACAGCCCGAAAAUAAAAACAUUAAAUUGUUUUCACAAAUGCAAAGAUGUCCAUUUCUUAAAUUUAGAAGGCCUUUCUUGUCUUCUGUUUACCUUGAGUAUUAAUCUUAAUUUAAUUGACUAGUUAACAUUCCCUUUUUAUGGUGUUUAAUAAAUAUGAUGAAGGUAUUGAUUAUGGGUCAGUUAAAUAAAUAAUCUGAUAAAUAAAA